GCGUAUAGAGGCAGCGACGGUCGUUCAGCGGCCGGCAUGCGUUGUCAGUUAUUUCUCGGCAGCGACUGCCGUCAGACACUUGGUUACAUGCGCGCCGUUCACCGUCCUGGCUUUUGUCGUGUUUGCCUGCAUAGGUGCUUGGACAGUUGGUCGAUAGAAAAAUGCGAUUUCUGAUAUAUGGAUGAGACAAUAAAAGAAAGAGCAGAAAAUUGUUGUGUUACGAGGGAAACAGUACUUGUGAAGAAGUUUUGAGAAACUUUAUAAAUAUCGGACGAAAACAUGGAUAUGGAUACAAUACGAGAGGAUGGUUAACACAGGAGAUUUAUUUACAUCGGAAAGUGUACGGUAGAUCUUGAAAACACAGUCCCGUGAUACGUUCUCUUUCGUUUGAAAUUCCCGCGUUGCGUGUAAUUCUUUUUUUAAUGCGGACGCUGUCCAUUCUGGAUAUUUGUAACGGUGAGUGUGAUUUCGUUAGUGUUCCGUGCAACGCGCGUGUUCGGUAUUGUCGCGUCUCGGAAUAUUUUCUAGUUUUCUUUAAUCCGGAUUUCUUUUUUACGACUCUCACAUACGUAUGCGGGGCAUCAUCUUUCUCAUUUGUUAUGUGACGUGUUGGAGGAUAUGAUUCUCCAUGACGAUUUUAUAAGUGUUACUGGAACGAGUUAUGCGAGGAGAGCAACUUUAAUGCGAUUCGUGAUUCUAAUGUUGAUCGCCAGUUGUGUUUCAAAGUAGCAGAGUAUGGUUUCUGUAGGAAGAAUAGUAACGGUGGUCCAGCUUCCGUAACGUCGUCCUCUGUCGUCGAGGUGUUUUAUUUGAAAAUUCCCCCGAGCUCAGAAGAAAAGGUUAAGAGCAAAAGAGGCAUCUCGGAAUAAGAUCCUAGUGGACCUCGGAGUGUAUAGUGGUGUACAGUGUAUUUAAUCGAAAUACAGUGCUAAGUUUCGUGUGACGUCAAGCGAUUUAAACAGCGCGGGUAAAUACUGGAAUUAUGUGCGCGAGGAUGCGAUUAGUAACCGUGAACAUAGUGAUGACCUUGCCCAGUUAAAACUCGCGAUUUACAGUGAGUUACCAACCGAAUAGAAAGUCGAAUGCGCCGACGUCCCGUGAAUUACAAUUCGUCACAGUUUUGUGAUCUCGCGAGUGAGAGCCCUUGAAAAACAAAAAAUAAAAAGUAAAUAAAAGUGGGUGGAAUCCAUGUUACUUUCGUAAAGGCGGGAGCUUGAAUCUUAUGACAGACUCUAGGGGGCAACCGAAUCUCGAGUCGGUAAUCUCUAUUUUAAAUCCACCAGUAUUCCAAGUCGCUAAUUCGAGAAUUGACAUUUGCUUUUUGCUCUCGAUACUGAGAGUCUGGUUCGGCUGCAUUCAGGUGGCCUCUGUCUCUUUCUUUUUCAGACGUUUUAGUGUAUCGAUUACGACAGUCGGGAAAUCAGCGCGUUACCUAGUGUCCCUAUGGGUAAAACUGCCAGGAAUCGACCGCGAUACGGCUGUUAAACUCGUCUCGUGUAAUUAUGUGCGCGUAACGCGAACGAUUUGUCAAGGAUUGAUGCUGUUUCAAUCGCAGGAAUCGCGUGUGCAAUAACAGUGUUCGUCGGGAUUCGAUUCGAAGUGCGCCGGGUCGUGAGAUUCGUAAAAGGGUACAAGGUACAACGAGGACUCGUGAAAAAUGGCUUACGUGUUGUGGCGAGUGUUCAUGAAGAAAUACUCCAAAGUACGACUCAGCAUUAGAAAUUUACCGGUUAUACCUGCCGAGCGUCGAGGACCCGAGAAGGAUGAGACGUGGACCCUAGCGUCCGAGGGUCCGGACCCGGUGUGCUGUGACCCGGAGGAGGUCAGGGAUGCCAGACACAAGGUCCUCGAGGUCCACUGCGCUCUGAAUCCGCAUCAGGAGACUGCGGAGUACGAGCCCAAUUUACCUAGGAGUCAUGAGACUCGCAAGAGCAAGACCAAAAGGGUCAAGAGCUACCUCAGAAAGUGCAAGGACGCUUUGUCCAGGUCUGAGGAAGGCAGCGUCGAGAGACGCAAGGAGAACUCUACUUCCUGGUACCUGGAUGAGAAUUCGCGCGCCGAAUGCCAACGGGUAGAGCCUCCGUCGCAGGAUGAUCUUGCGCGACCGGAAGUCGCUGCGGUACCGACUACCAAGGAGGACGAGGAACACGUAGGUCAGACUGGACCAGUUACGGAAGUACAGAAGGAGUACGAGAGGGGAAGCAAGAUGUCUCUCUACGAGGAUGCUACUGACCUGGUCCAGGAUCAUCAGCAUGCCGUCGAUGGGGAGAUCAACAAGGAAUCUUUGGAGACUCUGCUUGCCGAGGACUCUAAUUUAAACAAGUGCGACUCCAGUGAUACCCUCAUUGCUGAGGUGGUACCGGAAGUGGUCACUGCCAUCAAUGAGCUGGAGGUCGAGCUCACUUCCGGCGAUCACAAGGACAACCUGAGUCAGGAUACUUCGUUCGUCCCGGUUGCAGUUGGGAUACGCGCCGACGUCGCGUCCCUCGUACGGAAUUUACUAGGACCGCUAUAUGGCGAGGCUGUACUCGAUCUUCUCACCAGGCAGGCGCGCGAUAUCCUGGUGUGCGCCUACCACGGGAACCUGGAGAACUUCCUCAAGUCCUACCUGUCACCGGCGGCCGAUCUUCUCGGCGAGCUCAAGAGAAUCGCUAUGGAAAACGGAAACGAGAGUGUAGUUCCCGAGGGAUGGCCUUUGACCCUUGCGCGUAGUGGAGUUAUAUUACAAUUGGGCGAACUGGAGGCAUCGGCCCUUCGGAUCGGGGAAUGUUACCUGUGCGUCCGACAGGCAGCUGCAACUGCGACCGAGGUUAACGGCGAAAGUGCAAGGAGCAGCGUGGAGAUAGCCCUGGUUUGGAGAGCGUCGAUGCGGGCCCCGGGAAUUCUCGGUUGGGACCGGGAGGACGAGUAUAUGGACUGGCGGGAUACUCAAAAGGCCCCGCCAGCCCCGUCCUCAUCCUCGUCAGCGAAGUCCCGACCUCGACGAAGAUCCCGAGAGGAGCUACAGGCCAGACCGCGUGGAAGCAGCAGCGACACCGACAGCCGAUCUGCCGAAAGAUUCGAGGCAGCCGAGAGGAUCGAAUGUUCCGGCGAGGAUCGGGAAGACCUCGGCUUUGGCGUACCGGUCGCCAAGUCGAAGUCGAGCUCGAGCGUCGACUCCUGGAAGGAGGAGCCGACGGAGUGGAGACGUCGCCCGAAGAAUUCUAGUCUUUCGCGGGAGGCUGCGGGCGACUGGGAUAGCGGCAGGAAGAUCAAGAGGACCGGAAACGUGUCCUCGAUGACGAUGGAAAAGUGGAAGGAGACGACGAGGUGCGACCUGAAGAGUCGCGCCUUGAACCUGACCGACCUCAAGACCCCGUUCGACCUGGAGAAGGCAGCCACGUCGGACGUGCCCCAGUCCUCGGACAUUAACCAUCACCUUGGCGAACGUCUGCACCCUGACCAGGUCACCGACGACGACUUACCGGCUCUCAUAGAGACCCUGUUGGUCAGCAUCGAGAGGAUGAUCGAGCGCGUAUCGAUCGACGACAUCGCCUUCCCCUGUCCAGCCUGCAGAAACAUGGACACGGAUGAUCCUCUUCUGGGAUGCAGCUGCAGCGAUUCCUGUGACUGCACGGAGAGCAGCUGCCAGUGCGAGUCCAGGAGAAAGGAGCCAGGAGGUCGGAGCUUCGAGGUCGCCGGGAUCAAGCACAUCGACAGCGACGACGAAGAGGAGGUCAGGAUGGGUUUUGGCACGAAGAAAAGACUGGACGAAAUCACAGCACCAAGAACCAUCGACGAGCUACCCGAUCACGUCCUAAACUGCGGUCUGACACUCCCUGGAUACAGAGACUCUGCCGGAAGACUCGUAAUCGAAUACGAUUCCAGAAUCAGGGAGACACUCAAUGCCCGCGACAUGGCGACCUUUAUUCUCUACCUCUCGCGAUUGCCCAGCUUCGAACCCAAGGACGAGUUCACUCUACUGAUCAACGGGGAUCCGCAAGACGAUCUUGAACUGUUGGACAAGGCCCUUCUUCUCGUGCAGGAACGAAUACGAGUGCAGCAGGCCCUGCUCUUACGUAAUGGUCCUACGGAUAUUUCUGGCAGUGCUGUAUUUCCACGCAGUCAAAUAAAGGACGUCGUUGUCGUCGACGGCUCGACAAUCUGCAAAUACAUCUCUAGGCGAGACGGGGUCCACAGUCAGACGCACUGGAUUGCCUUUUAUAAGGAGUACGACAACCUCAUGACUGAAUGGCAGACCACCGGACGUCGCCUACUCCUGGAAAUGUCCGAGCUUAAGGACUCCUCUAGUAUCUCAAGGACUUUGACGCCGCUCAGCCGACUCUUGGCGGAUCCGACGCUGAGACGCACGUCGAGAGACGCCGAGGACGCCAUUGCGAGUCUGGAGGAAAGAGCUGGGCCCUUUUCGCACGUUGAGCACGUGAGGUUAUCCCUGGAUCGCGCGAGAAGAUUGAUCGAAGAGGUUGGCAACGCUGCUAAAAGGUUAGAAUCAUCAUUUGAAUCACGUCGCUCGACCCUGAGAAAUCUGAGCGUCCUGAGAAGCAUCGAGGAUCAGGCGCACGAGGUGUUAUCCUGGCUCUGCAAGAAAGGAGAAGACAUUCUGUCGAAACAAGCUCAACACACGGCAACUACGCUGACGGCUGCCAGACUGCACGAAAGGGAGUUUGAGAAGUUCUACUUCACCUCCAUGAGACACCUGGACAAGGGUAGCGACCUAGCAGAAGCCGCCAGCACCAGUGGGCUUCGCGAGUUGGCGAGGUCCUUGAAGCAGCAUCUUCGAGGAUUUGGGUCUCGUUUGGAAGACAGACGGGAGUACCUGGAGGACACGUCGAGAUGCUGUCUACUUCAGGAUCGAGCUUUCGAGUGGGCCCAGGAGGCCAGGGUGGCUGGGGAACGACGGGCUCAACAGUUCCUCAUGGCCAGGCCGCCGCUACCUCCGGAACACUUCACGGAGAUGAUGUCCCUGGCUGAGAAGCUGGGGAAUGAGAUACUUAUUGAACAGUGCCGUAUCGCUAGGAACAAGUGUCUGGAGGCUUUGGAAUUUACCAGGACGACCUCAGCGCCUGGAAGUCCUGCCAGGAGGAGAUCGUAUGCUGCCUCGGAAUCUGCUUGUUCAUGGGACGAUGCCUUAAUGAAAAGAACGUCCUGGGACGAGAGCGACAGUGCUUCCUAUGCUUGUCCCAUGGACGGUAUUGGAUCUGGAAGCGGUGGUAAACCCGUCCUGGAUAACAUCGCCGAGCUCCGCGAAAGUGCUGAACAGUUGUUGGACUGUUCACCACCGAGGACUCCUCCAAGAAGUCCUCCACCCAGGAGGCUCGCCAAGCCACCGGUCAAUUCGCAUCUUCAUAGAGCGCCGAGUAUCGCACCUGGAAUGAAGGCCAAAAAAACAAUACUGCUUAUAAUGAGGGAGAUGAUACAGACUGAACGAGACUAUGUGAAAUCCCUCGAAUACAUAAUAGAGAACUACAUACCGGAACUCGUGCGCGAGGACAUCCCUCAAGCUUUGAGAGGGCAGAGGAACGUAAUCUUCGGGAACGUCGAAAAGAUUUACGAAUUUCAUAGUCAACACUUUCUUCGUGAAUUAGAACAAUGCGAACAGUGUCCCAUGAUGAUUGGCCAGUGCUUCCUGAGACAUGAAAAGAAAUUUUACCUCUAUGCCCUAUACAAUAAGAACAAACCUAAUUCAGACUCCUUAAUGGCCGAAUAUGGUACUAUCUUCUUUAAAACCAAACAAUUGGAAUUGGGUGAUAAAAUGGAUCUGGCUAGUUACCUGCUGAAGCCUGUACAACGUAUGGGCAAGUACGCAUUGCUGCUUCAGCAACUGCUCAAAGCUGGAACGGAUCUAUCUGAACAAUUCGUCAGUAAAGAAGAUGAUAAGGAGGAUAAGGAAGAGAGUAAUAAACCAGUUGUCGAAGGUGAAGCUGAUCUUAGGGCUGCAGAGCAGAUGGUUCGAUUCCAGCUUCGCCAUGGAAAUGAUCUUCUAGCCAUGGAUUCACUUCGAGAUUGUGAUGUCAAUGUCAAAGAACAGGGCAGAUUGUUGAGACAAAAUGAAUUCCUCGUCUGGCAAGGAAAAGGCAAAAAGUGUCUUCGACAAGUUUUUUUAUUCGAAGAUCUUAUACUCUUCAGUAAAGCAAGAAGAUUCCCUGACAGAAAGAAUCUUGACAUCUACAUCUACAAGCAUAGUAUCAAAACGACAGAUAUCGGUUUAACAGCCGUGAUAGCUGAUUCCCCAACCAAAUUUGAAAUUUGGUUCCGUAAAAGGAAACCAGGGGACACGUACACCUUGCAAUGCGCCAGUGAGGACAUCAAGAAGGCCUGGGCCGAGGAACUUAGCAAUCUUCUCUGGAAGCAGGCGCUCCGAAACAGAGAAGUGCGCCUUGCGGAGAUGUCAAGCAUGGGUAUAGGAAAUAAGCCAUGUCUGGACAUCAGGCCCAGCGCGGACCAAAUAAAUGAUCGUUCCAUAAGCGUAGCUCAGCUCUCCAAGACACCAAGGUUCAGAAAUUCGAUAGCAGUGUCAAUAUCAGAAGAUUCUGGACGCUGCAGCAGGAGGCCUCAUAGCGUCAUCUCCGUGAGUUCCUCAUCCAGCAGUGGAGGAAGUAGUGGACCACCUACGACCCUUCAUCUUGGUCUGGAUACCAGUCCCCGUCCUCAUCAUCGGAGUACCACUCUGAAUAGUCAGUGCAGUGUUGAAAGCGGCAUUAUUGCCGACAUAUCCAUCGUCUCAGAUGAUGGUGGCGACGGAGCCGACAGAAGCCAUUGGAAUUCAACCUUAGAAAGUCCCACGUCAAAUUUGCCGACGACCUCAACGCCCAUUCAGUCGCCUACAAGCGCGACCGCAGCACCAGUUACCUCACCUUCAUCAUCAGACGCUAACCUCACACCUUAUGACCAAGACAUGUCCAUUAACCUGUGAAAAAACAUAAGAAAGUAAAUCGUACCAGAGAGAAAAUACACUCUAUGACAUAUGGGGAGAUAGCCCAGUGACGUCGAGAAGAGCAAGAAAAGGAUUUUCGAAAUUUUACUUCACAAGAAUAAUAUCCAAAUUUUGCUUCGAUUCUCGAGUUGAAAAUGGAGAGAGUAUGAGGCUGCUUUCCUCAGGACUGAGUCGAUGCUCCACCAAUUUUCGUUUCCAGUUCCAAUUCGGGUUCCUUGUAAUUAUCGAACCCUGCGAAGUCACUGGUGUUUUCUUUUAUGAGCAACUCGACGCUUUUUUAAUAUUUUCAUUACGCCUGGCUGUCACUGUAAUCAUGUAUAUUAAAUUAUAAAUUGGACAGGUGCGAGGCUCUUGGAAAUGCGUCAGGUUACCCUUUUUGGUUUACAGUUGUCAUUCCUGAUCGGUGGCCAUGGUGUUUUAAGGAUAUUGGAAAAAUUUGACAAAAUUUUCUAACUCUCAAUACUGCUGCUGAUACUACUGCUACUACCACUACUACUAGUAAUAUUAUUGAUAUUAAUAUGAUACAGCUCGUGUUCCGACUCCGUAUUGUGUUCGUUUUUGCUACGCAAGUAGCAAAGGUGGUAAAGAUGAAAACUGACUAUCGAUACUGAUUCGAUAACAAUAAAUAAAAGAUUUGUCCAUAUUGAGAGUUCGAUCUUGCAAUCGAAGCUAUGAUAGCUUCUUGGCCAUUUGCAGGAACAUGGAACGUAAGAGGGAAUCAGAAUAAAUGAAUUUUUGAAAAACCGAUCAGGAAUUUCAAAAUUAACGCGCACACAUACAUACCAUUUUUGUAUUAUAAUGUAAUAUUAAAAUUUAUACAUCGUAGCCACAAUUAAUAUAACCGAUAGUCUAUAUUAUUUCCAGAUUAUAUAUCAAAUAUAUAAUAUUAUAUUCUUCUUAUGUCAGUCAUUUGUACAACCUUUUUUUUAUUACCCGUAGUAAGUUCUAGCAGUUAGGAAAAAACUCUGGCCUGUAACGCAGAAGCCAAAUCUCUAAUUGUGUUCUUAUUUCAUUUUUAUAUUUCUCUUCUUGAACGCCUAUCUUUUUUUACUACACACUAGCGCUAAUUCUAGAAAUCCUUUAACACUUAAGUUUCCCCAGGUGUGGAUUUUCGUCUUGAAACUGCUUAAGAAAAAUCUUCAAUGUCAAGCUUACCUUCUUAAGACAAAUCCACACGUUCUUAUAAUACAGGCAUGAUUUUUAUUCAACCUCUUUAUCUUUACUUGAUUAAUGAUCUUAAUUGUCGUGGUAUCGUUAAAUGAUAUUUAAAAUUUUUCAAAAUGUAAUUAAGCCUUGAUUAUAAUCAAUUGGCUUUUUAAUUCUUAACUUUUGUCUUCUUUCUGUUUCCUCUUCGCCGUACUACGAUUCUGCGUCUCAAGCGUUAAGACACUGCAGUUAUUUGUAUUUUUAUGUUAGGACGAAGAUGAGGCUGGUAAGUGUUGUAAUUCAGUAAUUACGUAAUUAGCAUUGUCGAGUAAUUCUGAAUUGUUACACAGCUUACCAAGUAAACGAUUUCUAAUCGAAUAGCCAUUUUCAUUGCCAGGGUCUGCCAAGGUAUUGCGAAUAUAUCUCGUGGAGAGUGACCGAUGAAGUACCUAUCUUUUUUUAUUCUUUAUCUUUUUGGGACAGACAAGAAUAAAAGUACCUUAGUGAAACAUAGUAGACGUAGUAUGUACCUAGGGCUUGAAUAAGAAAAGAAGAACAAAUUUUAAAGAAUAAGGUACAUGUUCCAGUUACCGGACAAAGCGUGUGUGCAAGACAGAUGGAAAUACAGUUUCAUAAUGGACGUCCGAGGACUGAGACCGUAGCGUUAGGUGUCCGGCUACUGGAACUUUUACCUUCAUAAACGCAAGAGAGAGCUUCGGGCACAGUCUGAUGCACUUUAGAGGUAUCCAAACAAAAUUUCUUUAAAUUAAACUCUGUACCUAUUACUUAAAGUAAAAAAUGGCAAGGCUAGUUAACUGCGACCUUUUUAUUUUUUAUAUUAAUUUUUACUAUUUCAAUCAAAAUCUCUUUAAACUUCAUUAUUACCUGUUUUUCUUUUUCUUUUUAAUUAUUUCUACGCGGCUUCGUCAUCGAGCAAUGUACUAGACACAGAGAUCGGUGCACCCGGCUGUCGAGCAUCCUGCUCUUCGAAAGUACGACUAAGCGCAAAGAAAAAUUGAAGAAAAUUGUAAUAAAAAAAAAGAGAAAAAACAAGAGUGAUUUAUAUUUUUCCGCGAAUUUUAUGGUGUUUGGUAAUGCUUUUGGACCAGGGAUGCUGGCAUAGAUAAUAACCGCGGUACCUUAUCACUGAAGCUACGCCAAUAGUCACUUAACAUUGUACUCUUAGAUAUUUAUUAAUAUUUUUGUAGGUAGAUACUCCUUAGAAAUCCGUAGACGUAAGGAUCCUUGUAACAUCAUAUAUGGAGUGUAUAUAUUGAUUAAUUAAUGACAUAAUUAUUCGCAGUAUUUUAAUGUGUUUAACACCGAUGUAUUUUAUUACUUUAUUAAAUAUACUGUAUUGGGUGCCUUUUUGUAGCGAAA